AUGAAGCUUUCCAUCCUGUGGCUCCUCGCUUUGGCGACAGACGUCCACUCAGCAGCCAGCAAUUCUUCGCACUCGGGCAGUCUUACUGUUCGAACCUCGACCGGCACUUUUACAGGGCUUGUCGAUCCAGCGUUUCCUAAUACCCGGCAAUGGCGCUCCAUUCCGUUCGCAGCACCUCCUGUUGGGUCGCGUCGCUGGCUGCCUCCUCAGAAGCUUCCGCCUUCGAACGAGCAUCAAUAUGCGACCAAGUACCCGCCUUCUUGUCCCCAGUUCGUGACGGCUGUUGAAUCCCUGUGGAACCUGCCCUUGACCAAAGGGAACCUGAUCUACAACGGCGGCCAGAGCGACUCGUCGGGUCUGGUAGGCGAGGCAACGUCCGAAGACUGCCUUUACCUGGCGGUCUGGAGGCCUACGAGUCCGCCACCGAAAGGAGGAUUUCCGGUCCUCUUCUUCAUGACAGGCGGCGGUUUCGUGAUUGGGGGCAUUGAUCUUCCCUGGCAAAUUCCAACGUCGUGGGUCGAGCGGUCGCAGUCAGCCAUCAUCGUCACCAUCAACUACCGCGUCAACAUCUUUGGCUUCCCCAACGCGCGUGGGUUGGCAGACGGCGAGCAGAACCUCGGCAUUCUCGACCAGCGAGCGGCUCUCGAAUGGGUUCGCGACAACAUCGCAGCCUUUGGCGGCGACCCGACCCGCAUCACGCACUGGGGCCGUUCCGCGGGCUCCAUCAGCGCCGACAUCCACGCCUAUGCAUACCACGACGAUCCGAUCGCCCAAGCCUACUAUCUGGAGUCGGGAACCGUCUCCUUGGGUAUCGGGGAGGAUCCCACGCACUCCAACUUCAGCUUCGUAGCGCAACACGUCGGCUGCGAGUCUCCCUGCGGCGCCGACGGCUGCAAGGACGACGACGACGGCGGCGUAGCCGAGCUCGACUGCAUGCGCCGAGUAUCAUUUGCUCAGAUUUCGAACUUCAUCGGCCAGUACGGCGACGAGGGCGAGACGCCCACUCUAUCCUUCAGCCCGGUCCCCGACGACCACAUCGUCUUCCGCAACUACGAAGCCCGCGCCGCAGAAGGCCAGCUCGCGCGCCGCCCGUCCCUCAUCUCCUUCACAGCGAACGAGUUCUCCUCGUUGGUCCCGUGGCCAAAAGAAAACCUGACCGAAGGCCCGUGGCAGCCGCCAGUCACGGCUCUGGACGUUGCAUCCGUGUGCGGAAUCCGCAACGCCGUCGUCAGUCGUAACCAGCUGAGCACGUCCGAAGCCCCCGUCUACCGCUUCCAAUACGCAGGCCAAUUUCCCAACCUGAACGUGUACGAUUGGUUGGGCGCGUACCAUAACAGCGAGACGCCUUUGGUGUUUGGGACGUAUGGGUUGUUGGACCACGUGGCGCCCACGACGGAAUUCCAGGUCGAGGUUAGCAGGGCGAUGCAGGAUCAUAUCAUGGCCUUUGCGGAGGAUCCGUACCAGGGGCCACUCAAGAGGUUCGGGUGGGAGCCGCAGGUUGUCAGCGAGGCGGGCGGCGGGAGUUUGCUUCGUUUUGGAGCAGGUGGCAAAGCGGUGCAAAGGAUCGAUGGGGUUGAGGUGGAUGGUGUGUGUGAGGGGUUAGGUGAGUAUGAUCCGUUCCCGUAG